AAAAGCAAUCACAGCCACUCCUAGCACCAGUUGCUGACCAGCCUGCUCACUUGCCUCCCUGACUGUUUCUGGCCGCCUUGAAUGCCUGGUUCUUCAAGUUUUUUGUGUGUCUGAUAAAGCAGGGACCAUGUCUACCUUUGGCUAUAGGAGAGGACUCAGCAAAUAUGAAUCCAUUGAUGAAGAUGAACUCCUGGCCUCCUUGUCAGCUGAGGAGCUGAAGGAACUAGAAAGAGAGUUGGAAGACAUUGAGCCUGAUCGAAGCCUGCCGGUGGGGCUAAGGCAAAAAAGUCUGACCGAGAAGACUCCCACAGGGACAUUCAGCAGAGAGUCAUUGAUGGCCUAUUGGGAAAAGGAGUCCCAAAAACUCUUGGAGAAGGAAAGGCUGGGGGAGUGUGGAAAGGUUGCAGAAGAAGACAAAGAGGAGAGUGAAGAAGAACUCAUCUUCACUGAAAGUAACAGUGAGAUUUCUGAGGAAGUGUACACAGAAGAGGAGGAGGAGGAGGAAGAGGAAGAGGAAGAAGACAGUAGCGAUGAAGAUGAAAGAACAUCUGAAAACGAAAAAGGGAUUAACGGAAUUGUAAAUAAUGUUAGUGUUAAUUCUGAUACCUCUAGGCCAAAAACCUUUAAAAGUCAAAUUGAAAAUAUAAAUCUAACCAAUGGCCACAGUGGAAGAAACACGGAGUCUCCAGCUGCCAUUCACCCUUGUGGAAAUCCUACAGUGAUUGAGGAUGCUUUGGAAAGGAUUCAGAACAACGAUCCGGACACCACAGAAGUCAACCUGAACAACAUCGAGAACAUCACCUCGCAGACCCUCACCCGCUUUGCUGAGGCCCUCAAGGACAACACGGUGGUGAAGACCUUCAGUCUGGCCAACACGCACGCUGACGACAGCGCCGCCAUGGCCAUUGCGGAAAUGCUCAAGGUCAACCAGCACAUCACCAGUGUCAACGUGGAAUCCAACUUCAUCACAGGCAAGGGGAUCCUGGCCAUCAUGAGAGCCCUGCAGCACAACACCACGCUCACAGAGCUGCGCUUCCACAACCAGAGGCACAUCAUGGGCAGCCAAGUAGAGAUGGAGAUUGUCAAACUGCUGAGGGAGAACACCACACUGCUCAGGCUGGGCUACCACUUUGAGCUCCCAGGACCAAGAAUGAGCAUGACCAGCCUCUUGACCCGAAAUAUGGAUAAACAGAGGCAGAAACGCAUGCAGGAGCAAAAGCAGCAGGAAGGUUCUGAUGGCGGAUACAAUCUUAGGACCAAAGUCUGGCAAAGAGGGACACCUGGCUCUUCACCUUAUGCGUCUCCCAGGCACUCUCCCUGGUCAUCCCCCAAAGUCCCCAAGAAAGUUCCAGCUGUGAAGAGUCGGCCUCCCUCUCCUCCAGUGGCCCCACCCCCUCCACCACCGCCUCCUGCACCCCAGAGGCUGCCACCUCCUCCUCCACCACCACCUCCUCCACUGCCAGAGAAAAAAAUCAUCACCAGAAACAUUGCAGAGGUCAUCAAACAGCAGGAGAAUGCCCAGCGGGCAUUACAGAAUGGACCAAAAAAGAAAAAAGGCAAAAAGGUUAAGAAACAGCCAAACAAUAUCCUAAAGGAAAUAAAAACUUCCCUGAGGUCGGUACAGGAGAAGAAAAUGGAAGACAGUUCCCGACCUUCCACCCCUCAGAGAUCCGCUCACGAUAAUCUCAUGGAAGCCAUUCGGGGAAGCAGCAUAAAACAACUAAGGCGGGUGGAAGUUCCAGAAGCCUUGCGAUAAAAGCGUGACCUGUAGAAGAAGUUGCAGAAUUUAUUCAGUGGCAUUAAAUAGAAUGCAUUGUGAGAUACCUCCAAAAUAUCUUCUUUGAUUUGAGAUGUUCCCUGACUUUAAAAAACAGCCUCACCCACCAAUUCCAAAAAUAAUUUUAAGAAAUUAUCAGCAUGUUUCUUCUGUAAAUAUGAAAAUAAAUGUCUUUUUUAUGUCAGGAGAUUUGUAUUGGCAGGAAGUAGUUUAUUUAAAGAUGUUAAAAAUAUUUUAAAGAUGUGUUGGUAACUCUGAGCUGUUAUGAGUUAACGAAAUAUGUGCUUAUUUUUGUAAUUCUAAUAAAUUUGAAUUGGAUUCUUUUGUAUUUGAAAAAAACUAAUAUUUUUAGAGUUGUACAUCCAUCAGGUGUGUAUGUAAUAUUGCUUGAUAUUAAAAAUUACAUUACCCAAAAGGGA